AAAAAAAUAACGUCAUAGAAAAAAAAAUAUAAAUUAAUAGCAAUUUAUAUUUUGCCUUAUAUUGCAAAAUAAAGAGUAUUCAUAUAAUUUUCUUUAAAUAAUAUUGCAUAUCAGCAUACACAAUUCCUUGAUAAGAAUAUUCAUAAAUAGUAAUUUGUUUACUUUACAAUCAAAACAAUGGGCGAUCGAAUAAUAAAAAUUCUAAUAAUCGGCGAGAGUGGCGUUGGCAAAUCAAGCUUAAUCCGUCGCUUUGUUGACGAUCAAUUCGACGACAAUCACGAUGUCACAAUAGGCGUAGAUUUCAAGACCAAACUAAUGAACAUUGAUGGAGUUGAAUUUAAACUUGCCAUAUGGGACACUGCUGGUGCUGAAAGAUUCCGUAGUCUAACACCAAGUUUCUACAGAAAUGCCAAGUGUGCUAUCUUGGUCUAUGAUAUAACAAGUAGAGAAUCUCUACAAAAAUUGGAAUCGUGGCUGUUGGAAUUGGAGAAUUACAGCAAUAACCGAAAUGUACCCACAAUGGUUGUGGGCAAUAAAAUUGAUAUGGAACGUGCAAUUACCCGAGAAGAAGGUCUUAAAUUUGCACGAAAACAUCGAUCUUUAUUUCUAGAAACUUCAGCAAAAAACAACGUCUCUGUGGCCGAUGUGUUUGAGGAAAUUGUACGAAAAACGAUAACAUCCGAUGAUUUCAAUACGAACUUAAGCAAUGGCAUUAAUGUUGCGGAAGGAGAAGAAGCUGUCGAAUCAACAUGCAGAUGUUAAUAUAAAAAAAAAACUAAACAAAAAACAUCA